AUGGCUGAAGAUAACCACUCCUUGACAACUGAAUUUAUCCUCAUUGGAUUUGCAUAUAACCCAGAGCUGAAGCCCCUUCUUUUUGUUGUGCUCUUUGCCAUCUAUCUGAUCACCAUGGUGGGGAAUCUUGGUUUGUUGGCACUGAUCUUCAUGGAGCAUCGUCUUCACACACCAAUGUACAUCUUUCUGGGCAACCUGGCUCUGAUGGAUUCCUGCUGUUCAUGUACCAUUACCCCUAAAGUGUUAGAGAACUUCUUUUCAGAAGACAGAAAAAUUUCCCUCAAUGAAUGUAUGGCACAGUUUUAUUUCCUCUGCUUUGCUGAAACUACAGACUGCUUUCUUCUGGCAGCAAUGGCCUAUGAUCGGUAUGUGGCAAUAUGUAGUCCCCUGAAGUACCACACCAGGAUGUCAAAGAAAAUCUGUGUCCAGAUGACCACAGGGUCCUAUAUAGCAGGAAACCUACAUUCCAUGAUUCAUGUAGGGCUUCUUUUUAGGUUAACUUUUUGUGGUUCUCGUGAAAUCAGUCACUUUUUUUGUGAUGUUCUUCCAUUGUAUAGACUCUCCUGUGUGGACCCUUUUAUCAAUGAACUGAUGAUGCUCAUUAUUUCGGGGUCAAUUCAAAUCUUCACUAUUACCACAGUUGUAAUCUCUUAUCUCUAUAUCCUUUUCACUAUUUUACAAAUGAAAUCCAAAGAAGGAAGUGGUAAAGCCUUAUCAACUUGUGCAUCCCACUUUCUCUCUGUCUCAAUAUACUAUGGUUCUAUUCUGUUCAUGUAUGUUCGACCAAGUACCUUUAAAGAAGGAAAAAAUGAUAUACCAGGUGCUGUUUCUUAUACUCUAGUAAUUCCUUUAUUAAACCCUUUUAUUUAUAGUUUAAGAAAUAAGGAAGUAAUAAAUGUUAUGAAAAGAAUUUUGAAGAAGAGUAAUCCUCCUAUUAUUUUGAAAUAA